GUUUACAGACGUGACGUAAUGACGCAGUGCCAUGCUCGAAUUUCCCGCGAAAACCUACCCGUACCACUCAAAUUAGAAAACAUUAUUAUAAAAUAACCGUUGUGAAUCGGGCUAAAGUAAAGCGAUAGUUUUGAACACUGGCUGGUUAUGUACUAGCUCAAAUAUUGAUUUUGGAUCAUUUUUAACCCCAAAAAAGUUAGGGACUGACUGCAGUUUUAAUGUAUGCUUAAAAAACUAUACCCUCUGAUUGUGAUUGCCAUGACAACGGCAAAGCCUUCUCAAGCGGCAUUUCAGAAACAGUGCAUGAAACCGAUACUAAAUGCUAAACCUUUAACCUUUUGGCUACCUCGCAUGCUCUGGUGGAAAAUGCAAAUAUUAUCUAUUAUAUCUAUAGCGGUGCUUCAGCGGAAUACCACGUGACAAGAGCGUUACGUCCGCGGCGAUUAAAUCGCUGACGAAAGCAACGCCAGCAGCGCUGCUGCAAUAAUGAAGCGCGAGCAGCAGUUCUGAAGGACAGCAGUGACCGUUCGCGUCUGUCAUUGACAGCAGGCGCUGCAGUUUGUUUAGCGAAACCAAUUCACGUCGAAGAACACCGCGACAUCUGCAGAUGAAAUGCACCUGCCUUCAGCGACCCAUUUUCUCUAAACCUCAAGGUCUUCGCCGGUAAUGUAACAGGAAGAACGGGCGCUGAUGUGACACAUUGGAUCUAUCUAUCGAGUGAACGCGCUUUCACAUUUAUCAGCUCGGACAGUAUUGUCGCAUAAUGAUGAGCUUUUUUGAUGUCUGCGAAGCUAUUUGAACACGAAUAUAUUUAUCAGUGAGUCUGUUUUCCAGCGGUGCCAAUCAUAUUUCCUGUCAACAUACCACCAGUUCUCUUCAGUCUGUCUUGAACGAGGAAAUUGGAUAAGGAUGGAGCCAGAGCAACAAAUUCAAAGCCAGUGCAAGACUAAUGAUCUGGCAUCAUCUGGACAACCAGAAGGACCAGCAGAUACAUCGUCGUCCUCCACAUCUUCUGCUGUCCCUUCUACACCACUGACGGCUCCAGCCAGGCCACGCCGGCCUCAAAGGAGCCAGCGAGUGGAAGGAUCUAUCGAUGUAUCGGAGCCCAAGCCUCCAGAAUCUCCUAAACUGCAGCAGCUGAACAACCAGGCUGAACCAACCAGCCCCAACAGCUCCAGUCACCCCUCAGAACCUCAGCCUAAACUCAAUGUUGAUCACGGACCUCCAAGUUUGGCUGGACAGAAGUUUUCAGGACAUACUGCAGUGCCUCGGAGCCACAUUGCAAUGAGGGCCGCCUCACUUCCUCAGGCCCCGUCAUACAGACCACCACCUAGCGAGUCCGUCUUUCACCCGCAGAGGGCCCUGUCUGUCGCUGGGACCGCUGACACUCAGUCGCAGGUGGUGGAGGAUUUCAGGGUGCACAUUAUCACGUGGAACGUGGGCUCAGCCAUGCCUCCCGACGACAUCACUACAUUACUGGGGCUGAAUGUUGGUGAUGGGAACACAGACAUGUAUAUUAUAGGCUUACAGGAAGUGAACUCAAUGAUCAACAAACGACUGAAAGAUGUUCUUUUCACUGACCAGUGGAGCGAGGUCUGCAUGGACGCUCUCAGCCCCUUUGGAUAUGUACUGGUCACUUCUCAGAGGAUGCAGGGAAUGCUGCUGCUGGUCUUCGCCAAGUACUUUCACCUGCCGUUCCUGAGAGGCAUUCAAACACAGACCACUCGCACCGGCCUCGGUGGGAUCUGGGGGAAUAAAGGGGGCGUCAGCGCUCGCAUGAACGUGUUUGGCCAUUCGAUCUGUUUCUUGAACUGUCAUCUGCCUGCACACAUGGAGAACUCAGACCAGCGCAUGGAGGACUUCGAAAGCAUUCUGCAACAGCAGCAGUUUGAAGGACAAGCUGGUACAGGCGUCCUGGAUCAUGAUGUGGUUUUCUGGUUUGGAGACCUGAACUUUCGAAUCGAUGACCUGGAUAUGCAAGUUGUGAAAUCAGCCAUUGACAAUAACAAACUGUCCACAUUAUGGGAAAAAGACCAGCUGAACAUGGCUAAAGACAGCGAGUCUGUGCUUGAAGGCUUCCACGAGGGGCCACUUAAAUUCCCUCCUACGUAUAAGUUUGAUGUGGGUACAGACACGUAUGAUACCAGUGGUAAAAAGCGUAAGCCAGCAUGGACUGAUCGUAUUCUUUGGAAAUUGAGGCCGAUGGCUCAGGUCGGCAACAGCAUGUCGAAGCGCAGCUCCUUGUCAGGUCUAACCAGCGGAACUUGUGUGUCACAGCAUUUUUACCGCAGUCACAUGGAGUUCACCACCAGUGACCACAAGCCCGUCUCCUCUAUUUUCACUCUGCAGUUCCCAUAUAGGGUGGACAUGCCUUUAGUAACAAUCUUUGUAGAGGAUGAAUGGAGAGAGAUAUCAGAUGCAGUGGCCAAAUUCAAGGUGGCAGCCAACUUUGCUCGAAGCUCUUGGGACUGGAUUGGUCUUUACAAGGUUGGGUUUAAACAUCAUAAAGACUAUGUGAGUUAUGUUUGGUCCAAGCAGGAAGAGUCUGAUUUUUUGAGACAAGAGCACCAAGUGAUUUUUACCGAGGAAGAAUUGCCAAGGGAUUCUGGGGACUUCAUACUGGGUUAUUAUAGCAACAAUAUGAGCUCCAUUGUUGGCGUCACUGAGCCAUUCCAGAUUCAACUGCCAGCUUCCGCCACAGCUGGUCUGAGUCCGUCUGACAGCUCCGACUUCACGUCUGAUGAUGAGGUGAAGAAGAGCGACUCCUGUGACUCCAUCCCUGAGACUGAAGAGAAGCAGAGCAGCAGCUGGAGCUCCAGACGAGCCAAAGGGAAGACAGCAAACCCCAACGAACCGCACUCCAAAGACACCUCUGCACAUUCCAGCUCCAGCAGGCCAGCCGGUGGGACCGCCGGGUCCUUCGCUGACCCCGUCGCUACGGAUGACAGCUCUAACUCAGGAAAAGAUGCAACCAAGCCAGAGGAACCUUAGCUAAGCACAGCACCUUUUCUGGAGAAAGAUAUCAGCUCGAGGCUGGGGUCGCAGAUUUCUGCUGGGUCUGUGAUGUCGUUGUACAUUUACUGUCCUGUGAUGUUGUUUGGAGAUGUUGUCUUAUAUGUUGCAGGGCAGAAGUAAGCGUUUAGUAUGUGGCUCCCUCCAGCAAACACAAGAGGGCAGACUAAAUUGUUUGUGCCUGUUCUGUGUAGUCAUUCUAUUCAUAUUCUUCUUCUCCUAUUCCUCUCUAACUGCACAAGACUAAAUCUGAAACACUAAGAAAUAAUCUUAGAUGUACAUGCACAAUAAUAUGUGAUUCAUGGAUUUGGUUUUCCAGAAUCAACCAGGGUUUAAUGCACAACAGAACACAAUUCUGGUUCUUAUUGGAUUUACUGGAGCAGAUCCACUAGGUUUUCCAGUGCUCUGUUCCAAACUCUAGUUGAGCUGUCUAUAUAGGCAUCAUUAGCUAUGUUUCCACCCAAAGUUGCGAAUUUAAUUUAUGCGCAAAAUUGAAAUAACGCACAAAACUUUUAUGAAUAAAGCACCAUUUACAUCCAGCGAGAUGAAGAGAACUAAAUCGUAACUUCCUGAAAACUGGUGCCACAUAUCACUAAGAAAAGGCAAUUUGCUGCAGUAGGAGAAGCCACUGUGGGUCUUUUUCAUCAAAUAAAUUACUUACGGCUCAGAGCACGCAGACAAAAUGCAAUAAACACAGUCAUGGCAUCCUGCGUUUGGAGGCAGAUGCCUGCUCGUUUGGAAAUGCAGCUGUGAAAGACAGUUCUGUAAGGUUAUCAUACCGAACUAGUUUGGCGACAGACUUUGGCUCAAGCUUGGUCCGCUGGUUAGUCCAGUGAUGCCGUCUCAUUGUGCAAAGUCACAUGACUUUUUUGAUGCACAUCAAGGAAUUUAUUCAUAGUUUAUGCACAUGUUUUCUUAUCAAGAUAAAAAAAAAAACGUAUCUGCCUCAAUUGAUUGCAUACAUUUUUAGAAUUUUUGCGCAUCUUGGUAUUUCCAUCAAGUGUUUUUUUUUUUAUGCAAUACCCCAAAAUAGGUGGAUGGAAACAUAGCUAUCGACACGCACCAGACUCCCAGUUUUGAUGCUGUCUGGUAAGAUAUCUUGUUUUGGCAAGGCAUCUCACCCCUCAAGGUUUGGGCAAUUCCAGCCUGCACUGUGAGAAAUACUGAUAAAUAUUUUCAAAUAUUAAUCAAUUCUGAGUAAAACAGCUCUGUCUCAGUGACUAUUUCAGGCAAUAUUUAUGUGUGCUACGUAAUUUGCUAUAUCAGAAUAGCCUCAGACUCUAUCUGAGGUAAUCAAUUGUAAGCAUUAGUCAGGUUUCUCAUAGGAAGUGGUGCAUUAAAAGACUUACAUUUACGUUUAGGACACUGCCUUGUCAGGUAGCCGCUUAGGUAGUUAGCAGAGAGCGAGGCAGUUCACUAGGAUUUGGAGCAGAGCUCGUGACUUUACAGUGUCUUGCCAUAGAGGAUAUCGAGAAUACCCUGCUGAAGGUGACAUGCUGUCAUCAGCACCUUAUUAUGCCAGGGAAAAGUGUUUGAUAACAAUACACAUGCUCUGAAAAGGCAUAUAUUUACUCUCCUCAGGUUCUUGAAAGGCAGACACACAUAAAGGGAUGACUCUUGGCUAAAGCUGCACUCGGUAAAGUAAAGUACAGUUUGUAUAUUAUUCAUGUCCAUUAUCACCUUAAUCAACUGUUAGCAUUUAACGAUAUUAUAGGACAAUGAUGAAGUCUAUUGCUCUCAAAGUUGUGACUGCUGUGCCGUCAUGUUCUUGUGGUUAAUGUUCUCAAAAAUAAUUUCAAAGUAAUGUCCAGCUCCUUGACCUGCUAGUUUAAAGUCAACAUGAAAUGCUGUUCACAAACCAAUAUUGCAUCAUGUAUUUUAGAAUGAAACAGGAUAGUCAAUGAAAGAAAAUGCAAGGCGUGCUUGAUUUUUAUUAAUCAGGAAUUGACUGGAUUGUGAAAAGUGGGUGUUAUUGGCUGGUGUUUUGUGAGAAAUGUAUAUCAGAGGUGGAGCAAAUAAUUACACUUUUAUGGAAGAAUAUGGACAGGCAUUUCUUUUAAUGUAACAUUCACCAGUCAAUGAACACAGAACACAUUUUUGUGUUUAAAAACGCAAGACAGAACAGUGGGGGGAAAAAAUUAUGCAGGGAUGUGUUUUUAAAAGAUGCACAACUCGGAAUUCUGUGUCAUGAUCGAGAUGCUGCAAAAGAUACAAGUGCAACAGUCAAAAACGUCCGUCUUACUACAGUGGUAUGCAAAAAUAUGUUCUGUUAGCACAAUUGUCAGGAACAUCAUUUGGUGCAUCUUUAUGUAGAAAACAAUGGAAAAGAAGUGCAGAGGAAUGCAAAAAUGCAUUUUGUGUGAAUGGCUCCUUACUAACUUACUCCUUAGUGCAGCCAUACUAACUUUUUAUUACACUUGAAUGGAAGAAUUUGAAGAAAAACAUUUUUUAAAUAUAACUUUGAUCAGUGACUCCUGCACUAUAAGGGCCUGUUCACAUAAAAUGUGGUUUUGCACUUGACAGAGGGCAGUAGAAUGAAAAAUGCACACUUUUAACUUGAAUAUUGUUUUUUUAAAAUGCUGUGUCAUGCGAUUGACGCUGCAAAAGACAUGAGAGCAAAGGUCAAACAUGUUUGUCUAGUGCAAAAUGCAUAAACGCAUUCUAUGUGAACAAACCCUUAAGUACUGUUCAGAGUAACUUACUUUUAAUUACUUUAAUGGAAGAACAUCAAGACAAAUAUUUAAGGUAAAGUUCACCAGUGACUUCUGCACUACAAGGUCCGUUUCACACAGAAUGUGUUUUUGAGUUUUUAAAUUCAAGACACAGGCCAGUAUAAUUACGUAAAGCACAGGUCUGGAGACAUGUUUUUUAAAAAGUUGAACAAAUUUUAAAUUUUUAGAAUGCCACGUCAUAUGUUCAAGUAUAGGUCUCUGCAGCAAAGUAAUGGGAGUUACCAGAUCGGCGUGUUUUUUGACCAUGUUACUUGAUUGGCUGACGUCAUAGUGACGGCUCGACAUGACAAAUCCCCGACAGUAAACUGCUUCCGUGUUCUAUUUAUGAGGUAUUGACACAAAUUUCAAAUGAUUUUCAACAGUCGCUUUGUCCCGUCCAGUGUAGACAGACCACGAGAGGACAGCUGUUGCGUCCGGUGUAGACACGGUGUAAGCCUUCUUUUGUUCUGCAGACGUUUUCCUCUUUUGUUUUUUAUCCCCCCUCUCUAUCUUUCUGUCGUCGCUCGGAGUGCACUGAGUGCUCUCUCCUCUGCAUCAUGAGUAGACACGCCCCUUACUGCUGAUUGGCUACAAGUAUGUUUUGUUACUCGGCCCGAAAACUAAAGCGUUUUUGAAAAAAUACAUACUCCACCUUUAAGGUGCGUUCGUGUUUAAAUCGCUGGAGUUUGCCAAACCAGGCAUUCCUGUAUUACAACUCAACAUCACAUUGCUGCGUAUUUAUAUGAAGUUAAACUCUGCUCAACUUUAUCGCAUUGACAGCAUUUUCACCGAAUGACUUUCAGUUGUUUCGUUGGUUUGCAGAAUUGUGCAAACAGCAUCCAUUUUGGUUUCAUGUUGACUUUAAACGAUGAUUGCAUGGUUUCUAUCUGAUCUUUAGUCUGAUUUGUGCCAAGUAUUGUAUCAUGACUGUACUUGUGGUAGGAAUCCUAGCAUAUGUGUUGUCUAGGGCUUUCUAGGAUUUAUCCUACAUGGUAAGAUCUCUCGUCUCCUCUACAUCUCUUCUCCUUUCUCUGUGUUUCCUCUCCUCUCUCAUUCCUCAUCUUGUCUUUUUGUCUCCAGUUCGACCCCUCCAGGGUCACGGUAUCUGUUUUGACGUCGUCUACAGGGCUCUACUAAGUGCUCCGAUAUCGUAAUCUAUUGGAUUAGUAGUUCGUAACCCAUAGAAAUUUUGUACUAUGACUACUUAGCCUUAGGACACGUGGCGUGCUGUCUCACUGUUUACAUGGUUAGCUGAGUGAGAGUAUAAGCGUGUCAGUGUAUAUGUUUUUGCAUGGACGUGUCAUGGAUAUUCACAGUAUCGUGCUGUCUGCCACCUUUCAAUAUUGUAGAGGUGUCGAGAAGUGUCACUUCUAGAUGGAACAGAGAAAAUGUGGACGAUGGAAGACAUGAAAUAGUCGUUCUUUUACAUUCUACACGUUUUUAAACUAAUCUUUAUAGUUUUCUGUAGGAAUAUCUUUAAAAUCACAAUCUGGCAUUCUGGAACAAGAUAUUUUUUACUAGAAAUACUGUAAGUUAAAAGUCUAUAGCGAGAAAAUGGCAUUUUGACAAAAGUUGAGGCAACUUAAUUCUAGAUAUUUGUAUGUGUUUUAGAUACGUGAUCUCUAUUUUCUGUAGGACCCUCACAUCACUUCUCAUGUCUGAUUUCUUCAAACCCAGUUCAUUUGCAACACUGCGAGUUGCCAAAAAGAAACCAAAACCAGGAUCAGGUGUGUUAAUACUCAUUAUAUUUUUAUACUCCAUUAGCCAUAUAAAAUUUAAAAGCUAAUAUGAAUAAGAUGCAGUAUUGGAAAAUUCACUUUCCUUUCAAAGCCAAAUAAAUGUUUUGCAAGUGCAAGUGUUGGAUACUUUGAAUAAUUUUGGUUGUCAUGCAUUUUUUUUUUUAAUUAUUAUUAUUUUAUUCUGAGAAAUUAAUAUAUAAGCAUGCCAAGGGAAUGUUAUUAGCAGAAAUGAACUCAAUGAUUAUUAUUAGAUGAUAUGUGGGUAUAUAGAUCCAGUAUGUAGAACAGAUGACAAUCAGUGCCAAAACAGAGAAGAAACUUUAAGAUUAUAUUUAUUUUCUUAUUCGUGCCAUUAUGUGCAUGUCAGAUUCUGCUGGUCAGCGUGUUCAUUUAUAAAUCAGAAUGAAGAAGGUGAUUUACGGUUAUAUUGAGAAUAUGAAUUUAGAAUUUUAUUUUCCUUUAAGAUUUUUCAGUUCUGCCUCUUUAUUGUUCAUUAAAGCAAAUGUCUCAUACCCAUUGCCGUUUGCUUUAUAGUCACCUUGAUUAUAACAAAACACUUUUUUGGACUUGUAUUGAGCAGAAUGUUUCGAUUUGGUAGACUUGUGAAUCACUGUUCUUGGUUGUCGUUGUAUAAUGGUGUCUUGCCUUAGACCACUGUCAAAUAUUGGUGUCAAAAUGAAAAUAAAUCCUUUUGAAAGUGGAA